GUAACAAUUCUGUGUCCCCUGAGUAACAAUUCUGUGUCCCUGAGUAACAAUUCUGUGUCCCUCAGUAACAAUUCUGUGUCCCUCAUUAACAAUUCUGUGUCCCUCAGUAACAAUUCUGUGUCCCUCAGUAACAAUUCUGUGUCCCUCAGUAACAAUUCUGUGUCCCUCAGUAACAAU